AAAUCAUGGAAAUAACCUGUCAGGCAAAAAAAAAAAAAUUGAGCUCUUAGCCUUGAGAAGCUCCUCAGGGGGAUGAUGAUGAUGGUUCAGAGCUCUUCUUUCUCUCUCCUCGCCUCUUCAAAUUCUCUUUCCUCAGCAACUAAAUUUCCACAGUGCCCUCCAUUUCUUAAACACUUCCGCAGUCAUUUUUUAAAGCCCUCUUCUUCUUCUUCUUCUUCUUCUUCUUCUUCUUCUUCACUUAUUUAUGGGCAUAAACUUCCUUCCUAUGUUAACAGUAAUGUUCUGGCUUCUGCUUCAGCUGCUGAAGUGGUCGUAGAGACAAGUAAUGGAGAUCUAGAGUUUGUUGAGAUCGGCUAUGUUUCUGAUGUACAUGCUCUUGACGGAGAGAUUCGUGUAAAGUCUAACACUGAUUUUCCUGACUUGCGCUUUGCAAAGCCUGGGAAAAGAUGGUUGCGGCAACAAUUUUCUGGAAGAGAUGAAGUUCUUGAAGUUGAGCUUGUGACAGGAAGAGGCCAUCCUGGAAAUAAGAGUUGGAUCGUUAAAUUAAGCGGCUUUGACAGUAUAGAUGAGGCUCGACAGCUUGUAGGGGCAACUUUCCUCGUGAAAAGUAUUGACAGGCCAGAGCUGGAGGAGGGCGAAUAUUACAGUCGUGAUCUGGUUGGCAUGAAAAUUAUUCAUAAGGACACAGGUGAAGCAGUCGGAACUGUCGUGAAUGUGUUCAACAGUGGUGGAAAUGAUCUCUUGCAAGUGUUGCUUGAGGCAUCCUCUGUAUCCACUGGGGGAAGUCUGAAGCAGAAGUCUGAAAAAUCCGAAUCUGGCCUUCUUGUUUGGAUCCCUUUUGUUGAAGCAAUAGUUCCUGAUGUUGACAUGGGUAAAAGAGAAAUGUGGAUUACUCCCCCAAAGGGACUUCUUGAGUUGAAUUUGCAUUCUAAUGAGAAGUCCAAGAAGGAAAGACGUGUAACUGAAUGGAGAGAAAGAAAGAAGCUCCAAAGGCGCCUUAUUUCUGCAAAAAAGAAAUUAGGUGAGUUGGAGCAGCAACACAUCUUUCAUGGGUUUCAAUAUGGAGAAAAAUCCCAAAGAAGCUUACUUGCAGACCAGAUUAUGUGUUUGAAUUCAAAUUUGCUUCAGCAGGCACUUAAAGCUAUUGAGAAGCCCAUUGAUGGGUGUAAUAUUGAGGACAUGCCAGAUGUUACCACAUGGAAAUGUGGCACUUCUGUUAAAAUAUCAGAGGAGUGCCUCACGAAUGUAAGCAAAGAGAAAAAUGAUGCAUAUUCUGAGCAUGGGAAAAGGGGAGCUCAUCUUAUAUCUGAAGGAAAAUUUGCUAUUGUCUUAGUCUUGGACAGCAGAAAUUCUGAGAAGUACUUGGAAUCUGAAACUGUAGACUUUUUCAAUGGUGAUCCAACUAUUGUCCACCUGGAGAGUUUGCUUUCAGACAAGCAAUCAUUCAUACAGGCAGAACAGCGUGAGUCUGUAUCAAUUAUCUUGAUUUCACCAGUUGAGGAACUUCAACUUCUUGAAAAGUUAUUCAUUAGUCGUGACUACUUCGGUUUCAGUCCGGAAAAGGUGAAAUUCUUAGAAGAGGAGAAACUUCCUGUUGUUAGCAGUUCAGCAGUAGAACCCAAGAAGAACAAAGUAUUAAUGAAGUCACCUUGGGAAAUACACCAAUCACCUAUCGGAUUUGGCGGGACAAUAAGUGCACUUUCAUCCAAUAGUAUCUUGGAAGAGCUAAUAGAAUCAGGGGUGGAAUAUAUUGAGGUGUGCAGCAUCAACCAGAAAUCUGUUUGUGGAAACCCUUUCUUUCUCGGCUUUGUAGAUUCACAAGAAACAGAUGUUGGAUUUUUGACUUUCGAAAACAACAUGGAGUUCCAGGAUAACCUCCACAUCAUGUUGCCUAUGAGAUCUAUGCAGAAGUUGGUGAAACAGAUGGAAAAAUUCCCCUUAAUCGCUGUCUUAAAGUCAUAUUCACAUGUUGAGUUAAUUAACAAGGAGUGGGUAGAUAUUAUACCUCCCACACCCAAUUCUUAUGAGUUCUUCUGUUCGCUUCAGAGUUUACUGAAAGCGUGUGCAUUGGACAAGACUUGCCUUGUGGAUGUUACUAAGUAGUUUGUUAAGUGUCUUUGUUGGACGACGUAAAAUUUACAGUAGUUGUAAAUAGUCUAUGUUUAUUUCCAAGUUGAAAAAAAGAGUUGCAUCUUUAUCUUCUUC